CUGAUCCUGAGAUACUGGAAUUGAGGUGAGUUUAUGGGAUUUGGGGUUUGGGGUUUGGGUCCACACACACAUGACAAACACCAGAAUUACUGAUCCUGAAAUCCUGGAAUUGAGGUACCCCGUGGUGCUGCGGCGCUUCGAGCUGCGCGCGGGCUCGGGGGGCGCGGGGCGGUGCCGGGGGGGGGACGGGGUGAUCCGGGAGCUGCAGUUCCGGAGGGGGGCAGAGCUGGCGGUGCUGAGCGAGCGCAGGGCCACCCGGCCCUACGGCAUGGCAGGGGGGCUCCCGGGGGCCCCGGGGCUGAAUUUGCUGCUGCGCCGGGACGGGCGAGUGAUCAACGUGGGGGGGAAGGGCCAGGUGUCUGUGGAGCCAGGGGACAUUUUCCGCCUGCUGACCCCGGGCGGGGGCGGUUUCGGCCCCCCUGAGGAGGGGUCUGGGGGCGCCCCCCGGGACCCCCCGGACCCCCAGGACCUCUGGGCCCCCCGGAGCCCCCAGGAACCCCAAAAACCCCCCAAAAAACCCCAAAACCCCGGGGGCGCCCCCGCCCCACAAACCUUCCUGGAGCGCGGCAGCGUCUUCGAGUUCCGGCGGGCGCAGGAGGGGGUGUGACCCCAAAAACCCCAAAAACCCCAAAAAAACCCCAAAAAACCCAAA